AUGCUUCCGGUUCACUGUUGGCUGUUGUCAAACCAUAGACAGUAAAAACGGCUGAAGCAAGUUUAGUUUUUUUAGCCAUACGGGUUUUUUCGGAUAUGUCUCAUGCUUUGCGGACACUCGCCACUGGAGUGUUUAGCGUGCAGAGAUCUGUGACCGUCCUGUCACUCUUGCGUCCGGUGAGCGCCGUGAAGAUCCGCGGACAACAGCGGAGCCGCAGCGACGGAGUCAAGGACAGAGAGACUCAGCCGUUUGACGAGUCCCUCCUUGAGUUCCUUGUGUGUCCACUGUCCAAAAAACCUCUGAGGUAUGAUGAAAGGAGCAACGAAUUAAUAAAUGAAGAGCUUGGUAUUGCAUAUCCCAUCAUCGAUGGCAUUCCUAACAUGAUCCCACAAGAUGCAAGAAUGAUCCAUAAGAGCAAAGCAACUGAAAACCCCUCUGAAUCUUGAGUUUAUAAAGCAAAUUUGUCAUUAUUCGUUUUCUGCCACUAUGUUUUUCUCCUUGUCUACAGUGACUGUUCUUGUUCCACUGAUAUCAUUGUCUGGACUGUUUUACUCGGCAGCCAUGGAUGACAAUUUCCCUCAAGGCUGCACGAGUGCAAGCAGUGUGUGUUUCUACAGCCUGCUGUUGCCAGUAACAAUUCCCGUUUAUGUUUUCUUUCACCUUUGGAAGUGGAUGGGUAUCAAGCUGUUUAGACACAAUUAAGACUGCAGUUUCAUUUUUCUUCCCACAGAAUAUUUUAAUUGUACAAAUUAUUGUGAACAAUUCCUGCUUGUAAACACAGUGGAUAUUCAUAUCUAUGAACACUGAAAAACACUGAAGCGAACAAUGUAAAAUACUGAAUAAAACUGCAUAUAACAAA